AUGGUGGACCACUGGUUGCUAACUUUGCAACUGCGGCGGUACGUCACCCACGAUUCACGUCAUACAGUUGCCUCUAUACACAGAUAUAGUUUCGGUGUUCAAGAACACACCGAUGCGCAAACCAAGCUCAGAUGCUUACCAAUGAAGCCGCUCAGCCUUUAAAAAGAGUUUCAAGAUUGGCCGCAGCACUUCAAACCCCAUGUCUCAGUACUCCAUGAUGCAGACACUUGUUUUGUAUGACACCCUCUCCAACCUACCAGGAAAUAACUUUUCACCCAACCCCGCAAAGCCGAGGUUCGUUUUGAGCUACAAGGGUCUUCCAUUCGUGACUGUCUGGGUCGAAUACUCAGACAUCUCGAUCGCUAUGAGGGCUAUCGGUGCAAAGCCAAACAAACGCUCAGACGGCUCGGAUUUUUGCACCGUUCCCGUCCUCAACGACCCCAACACCGGCGCACUCAUCAGUGACUCCCUCGAAAUCGCCUCCUAUCUUGAAAAGACAUAUCCCGAGAAGGCCAUUUUCCCCAACAACUCAGAAUCCUUGAUACGCGAGUUCGACUCCGCCCAUACCAGACUCAUUUUACCUGCUGCAAAGUCUCUCUUGGCGCGUUCCACAGAAAUAUUGAGUCCCGCCAGUGCUAAGUUCUUCAUCAAAAUUCGUUCGAUAGACGUCCCGCUGCCUUGGGACGCGACUUACGAUGAAGACUGGGCCCUACUAGAGAAGGGGCACAAUACUGCGUAUGAAUGGUACCAGAAGACAGACGGUAAGUGGUUCAUGGGCGACACUUUUUCGUAUGCAGAUAUCAUCGUGGCUUGUUGUUUGCUGUGGUUUGAACGAGUUCUGAAGAAGGAUGAGUGGGUCAGGAUCAGUUCUUGGAAUGGAGGGAAAUGGGCUCAAGUUCUUGCAGAUGUUGAGAAGGAGUGCGGAUUAGCGUAGGAGACUGCGUAUACUAUAUAAUUUAUUUCAGAGGCAUAUGAAACAAUGACGAGUUGGUCAACCGGUCACCUUUUAGAGUCAGUGACGACCACAUUUGUGAAAGCGCAAA